UCAAUGUGUCGAUGACCUCUGAACUCUUUUUCGUGUCAGUGGUGGUUCUGCAGCUGGUUCUUCUGGUUCUUCUGAUUCUUUGCUGGAUCCUCAGACACAGCAGAAGCAGAAACCUCACUGAGCUAAGGGUCUCAGCAGGGCGACCCACUCGUGUUCUGACCAUCAGAACCGAACCAGACCACGCUCGCCAGCUGCUGGACCGCCUGCUGGACCGAGUCUUCCUCCAGGUAGAACCAGGACCAGAGGCAGGAGAGGAACUUAGAGGAGAACUAGCAGCAGGAACUGGAGAGGAUAUUGAAGCACAACUUGAAUCAGAUUCCGGAUCAGAUACAGAGGUUUCUACCUCAGCUCCUCUUUCCAGCAGAGGGAAAACUCUUCAUGACAAACUGUGGAAAUGGGUCACUGUGGCAAUUCCUUCUGCAGCACCUCCUCCUCCUUCUCCUCCUACUUCUCCUCUUCCUCCUCCUCCUCCCCCUCCUCCCCCAUGCAGUGAGGAUCAGACUGAGGACCUAGACCUCCAGUGGUUAGAUGCAUCCCAGGGCACUUCCUGA